AUGGAGACGUUCAUUUUGUCAUCGGAUUCUGACGACGAUUGCCCACCACCACCAAAAAGAAGAUCCAUAGAAGGAGUACCGAAAUCUUUUGACGGUGACAAGAAAAUGAGAUUCUCAUUCGACGUUACAAGAGACAUCAUCCUCGAAGAUUCAGAAGCCCCUUGUUCCUCCAAUAAUAUAUUCACACCUUCGUUCCGUCGUGAUUCUAACAAAACCUUACUGAAAACUCCAGUAUCUUUACGUCGAAGAUCUCGAUCGAUGAAUUGUAUGACGCCAAUCGUAGACACUAUUAAUGAGCCACCCAUAAAUCAAGUUUGCUCCGCUUUUGUACAAAAAGAGAUUCAAUUGGAUGAUGAUGAUGACGAUGAGAAAGAAUCAUCUACAGAGCACGCAGAUGAUGACCUAAAUUUGAGAGCUUUGCUCAGUCCCGAGAAGAAAAAAAGGAAGGAGAAAGUUGAUAAAAGAAGACCGUUUGGAGUCGAAGAAGUUCAAAAUGAGUUCUACGGAGUUUAUUGUCUAAUCAGUCGAAGCGAGCGACAGUGCUACAAAAAUCGCUGUUACAUCGGCUAUACGGUCGACCCGAAUCGCAGAAUUAUGCAGCACAACGGAGGGAGAUUCAAAGGCGGUGCGAAGAAAACUGACAGUCGGGGACCAUGGGAUAUGGUUUGCGUUGUUCACGGCUUCCCGAACCACGUGGCAGCUCUUCGAUUCGAGUGGGCUUGGCAGAAUCCGGCAGUUUCGAAGUCUUUAAAAGAAAAGCAGUUGAAAAAAGAAAGAAAGGAGACGCCAUUUGCUUAUCAACUCCGAAUCGCCUGUGAAUUAAUGAACAGCGAGGCAUUCAGUCGAUUCGCACUAACUUUUCGGUGGUUAAAUACGAAAGAAGAAUUGCCGUUUCCAAUCAGUUGUACCCCACCAAACCAUGUGAAGUUGAGAUACGGCAAAGUGAAAAAGGAGAUGAGUUUGGUGCCGGCCAAGUCGGCAGACUACGUGGCGAUGGGAGAGUGUCGACUCUGUGGAAAGGAUAUUGAAAAGCUCUGGGGCCUUGUCCGAUGUAUAUCACAAUCAUGUCAUUCCCAUUUUCACUCAAAAUGUCUUGCUGAACACGGACUCAAGAACAAAAAUGAGUAUGCUGAUCAGAUAUAUCCACUGAAAUCGAAUUGCCCAAUUUGCGGUCACUUUUACUUGUGGGGUGAUGUUGUAAGAGAACAACGACGAAUCAUUAAGGUCUCCACAAAAUGCGCCGAAGAAUUCCGAAACAAAGUGGUACGAAAGGAUUUGCCUCAUCGAGAGAUCAGUUCGCGUCUCCGUUUGAAGAAAUAA